AUGGGGGAGGACGAAAACGACAACGAUGCCGUCGAUGAAAAAGUGAAAGCUGCCGAGACGGAGUGCAAGCAGCAGAUCGCUGAGCUGCACGGCCUGGGGAGGGAGUUGGCGGAAUCCGAGCGCUCGAACAGCGAGUCCAUGCUUGAAAAGUGGACCAAGUCUCGAGGCACUGGGUCCGAGGGCUUGACGGUGCCUGGCUCCUCCGCAGCCGGUUCUCUAUCGACCGCAUGGAGGGCUGCCGCUGGAGAGCUCAAAGACGGUAAGGAGCCCACGCGUGAGCGUGUGUACCCACCCGCCUGUCGGCUCGCUAGACUUCGAGAUCCUGGCCACGGCCUUGCCGCCGAGGCGUCCAGCCUCUGGCAGAUUAGCGGUCGGGGUGCGGAGGCGCAUGCGACCUUUGCGUUCCUUCACGGCCAGAACACGGUCCCCCAGCACAAUCCUACUCCGCAGAUGAUGGCUACUGGGAGCCUGGGAGACUUGUGUCUCCUACGCCGUCCGUCUGGCCAUCAAGUCAUGUACUUGCUCAAAUCUGUGAAGGCCUGGGUUGAGUCAGAUGGAGCUUCGAGCGGCGAGGAAGUCGGCUCUAUGUUCAUCGACAAUCCCGUCAUCCUAAAUUCGACAAGACGUCGCCAGCUGCAGCGCGCGGGCUAUUCGCGAUAUGGUCUUCACGCUUGUCUCGACGACAAUGCCCCCGGGCAUUUCAUGCAACUCAGAUUCGCCCCGUAUCGGCAGGUAGAAAACUUCGCCGGUCAUCCCCAGCCAAUGUUUCCCCAGCAGGCCAUUCCUGCCGUCGAGGUGCUUGGUCGCGUGAACCAGGAGUUGACGGGGCGCGACUUCAAGCCAAGCGAAGAGCUUGAGGUGGUCCAGCAGGUCAACAAGAAGCCUCGAAAGAAGAAGGUUGGCGAGGACGACGAGGAGUACGUUGAUAGCGUGCAGGCUCGCGGCCUCGAUGAGAAAGGCGUCACGAAAGUCAUGGCCACGCUCAUGCAGUGCAAAGAGAAAUGGUGCGCAAUUCGAGUUGUGCAAGUGCACGGAUACCAGAUCCCGAAAACCGCGCACCUUCUACUGGGUUCACGUGCCAGAGCACGCACCAACUCGAGUCUUGUUGAUGGCGCGACUCAGGUGGAUGGCGAGACGGCGGAGAUGCUACCACGUAGAAUUCCAUACGACGAAUUCUACGAAAGCAAGUCGUUUUUUCCCUCAGCAUGCGGCUCCAAUUCGAGCGAUUCCCGCUGUCGGAUGUCGCAUCCCGCACUCGAUGCUCAUGUUGACUGCCACGAUUUCGACACCAAGAACAUUCUGAACUUGACGUUGGUUGAAGUUUACGAACCACUGGAACGGUGGGUGUCGUCUCGGAUCUCCGCCCACCGCCACCCCCCUAUGCUGCCCCAUCCGCAAAUCGAGGAGAAGCGGAAGGAGCUGCAACGACCCCUCGCCCGCGCCACCAACACCGAUCAGUACUUCCAUGCAGCAGCCGAGCCGAGCCGACCGCCAAGAAGAGUCUGUUAG